CCAGCAGCUUCAUCGAGGGAUUCGAGGCACGCGCGACUACCUAGACUCGCUGCAAGAUCAUGCACCAGGAUCCAGGCAAUUCGAAUUACGAUCGAUAAAACACAUAAUCAUUUACACUUCCCGUAUCUAUAUAUAACGAAACUCGACAAGCGAUUCCUACUGCCCCGCGCUUCCGCUACAUUUUAUGAAACGAGUAGUGUUGCUCACAUUGAUCCAAACCAGUGGCUGCAGCACUCAACACAGGCAACCAAAGAGCAUGAGCGCCAACAAGAAUCCCACAGGAGGAAAACCAACUCCGAUCACCAAGCAACCUUUUCACUAUGCCCCUUCUGCUACUUUAGCAUGUAGGUGAGUAUGUCGCAUAUAUGGAUUGAUAGCGGCUUCUCUGUAGCUGUGAAUAUAUGCGUUCCUUGGCGCAUGUGGAGACAAGAUGGUUUUAGAGGCAGCUUCCUUUACAAUGUCCUCUGGGCCGAAGUCGUUGAUGCUUGCCACUUAUACGCACCCGGCCGUCAUGCAUCGCCAGUCGAUUCAGCUUCUUGGCCACGACCAUCUUGUUCUGAGUUCACCAAAUGGUGUUAGAACAUGCAGUGAAGACUUCCACCUACCUAAAGAGGCGUCACAACAGGUCGCCGAAGACUCUGGUCGCAACUUGCGAAAAGCGUUACUCGUCUUCGAAGGUUUGAAGAUGCAAUCGCCAGAUCUUUCAGGUUCAUUGAAAAUAGCCAAACCAGACUGGGAGAUGUACUGUCACGAGGUCGCUGAUCUCAUAGUCCAAGAGCUGUCAUCAGCACGCAUUUUCGAAGUCUGUGGAAAGUUCUAUGAACUUCUUGGACACUGCAUUCCCCAACGAUCAUAUCAAAGCACUCUGUAGAUUGGCCGCUUUUCUAUCCUCGAUAGGUGCCUCCCACAUCCAUAAUGAAUUCAACAAGCAAUUCCUACUGCCCCUCGCUCCCGCUAGAUUUUGAAUCCCAUUACAAUAGUUCUUCUAUUCGGCCUGUUUGUCUUGGGCCGCAGGUUAUGCUAUAUAUUGUCGGUACAUCCUCAAUAUUAUUACUGUUUCCAUUACACAGACAUUACAUGUUCCCCCGGGCCGCACUUCAAUUAGCAAAUCGAGUCGAACAUCGGACAUGUACACCCGUUUCCGUACUUUUGACCCAUCACGACGUGGCCUAAUUCAUCGAUCGCUUGGCGUUGUUGAAGGCGUCUACGGACCCGCAAAGUUUU